AACCCCAUCAAAGAAGAUACCGAAGAAGAAGCAUACAGCGAUAAACAUGGCUGAUACAAAGGGAGCAGAUGAAACUACUCCAGGAGUUUUGCAGGAAAUGUUCACGUCUCCGUUGAAUUUGAGUCUGCUUGGCCUCUGCAUAUUUCUUUUGUACAAAAUCUUCCGCGGAGAUACGCCUGCAGAUAUGGGCGAGGUUGAGGAACCUCUGCCUAAAUUCAAGAAAAGAGAUUUCACGUUAGCGGAGCUACAACCGUACGAUGGCCUGCAAAAUCCAAGAAUUCUUAUGUCUGUCAAUUCAAAGGUGUUCGAUGUUACCAGAGGAAAGACAUUCUACGGGCCAGAGGGUCCUUAUGGAGUGUUUGCUGGUAAAGAUGCCUCCAGGGGCCUGGCCACCUUCUGUCUGGAGAAGGAGGCCCUGAAAGAGACCUACGACGACCUCUCGGACCUCAACGCCAUGCAACAGGAAAGCCUCAAUGAAUGGGAGACCCAGUUCACUCAAAAGUAUGACUACGUUGGGAAACUUCUGAAACCUGGAGAAGAACCCACAGAGUACACGGAUGACGAGGAGGUCAAGGACAAAAAAAUGGACUAGAACUCACCAGUGCACAAGGGAAAAUACAGAUGCCUUAAUUUUUCAGGAUAAUGUUAUGCAUAUUGCCUUGCAUUGCAGCCAUUGAGCGAAAUGCUUUCUCCUGUAUGGUUUUUGCAUUAUGUCAUUGUCAUGGACCACCUCUUAUGCUAAUUUCAUAUGCCAUUGACCUUCAUUAUCCUAAAACACACUUGAUUUUGGUAAAGGUUAGAAUAAUUAUUGAAUACUGUACUGUCUUUGAAGUUAUACAGGUAGUAUUAGUUGUAAUGUAGAGGCUGUUGGAGGAUCUAUUACUCUAGCUCAGUGUUCAUUCUGGCUCUCUUCUAGAUGGUAAUUUUGACUAAAAUAUUGUCUUAGUCUCAUUUUUGUCAUUUGUAUAAUCAUUAAGUCUAGUUAUUGUCAAUUGUAGAAAGUGGGCCAUUUUAGUCAACUAAAUGCUGUUUUGUUUUAGUCACAUUUGUAUUGCCUCAACCUAUAGUAAACUUAAAUAACUGACUUCCAUGUGUACAAAUCUAUAAAGCCUUGUCCUACCAACAGUUUUCUGCAUAACAUAUUCCCAACAGCAAAAAUAUGACUACUAUAUGUAACAGUUAUCUGGGUGUGUAAAUUCCUAAUUGAGCCUACAUGAUAUUGAGCAUUGCAUGCAAAACAGUCACACACAAGUGCAGAGAGAGUGUGUAACACAAUCACCAGAUGAUGCCGCAAAGUAAUAUGGGUUGGUUGCUCCUCUGUCACUCGGUCGUGUCAUUUCUGUUAUCGACGAUCCACUGCCACAUUGAUGUCCAAAAGUAGAACGGGCUAAUGACUAUUUCACCCAGUGAUAUAAUCAAGUCACUCAACCUCAAGUUGGGAUCGAGUCCGAAUCACCAGUGGUCGAGUCCUGGUUCAAGUUUGAGUCACUGGGUCCACAUUAACUCAAAGUUAUUAACCCAGUCCGAUAUAUAGUGUAGUGGCAAGAUGGAUUUAGUCAACUUGUUUGCUACUCAUUUACCAUUAUUUUUGUGCCAUUGAAUGUUUGGUAGUGUUACCAGGGCCACUUUCAUUUUCAAAACAUUCUUGAAUGUUACAAAUAGAAAUUCCAUUAGAGUCAAUGUUAUUUCUUAUUCAACAUGUCAGAGGCAUUUUUGUUCUACAUAGCCUAUUUUUUAUCUGAAUGUUACUGAAUGUUGACCUGCUGGACACGCCCUAGUUUGUUGGCUAUAACUAGGUAUUGAAGUAACAUCACUGAAGGUGUAGCCUUAACAAAUGGUUAAAGGUCUGGUCUGCAAGUAGCCUAGUUUAAGAAUGGUCGCUUUGGUUUAAUGAAUGUAAAAUGCCAAUAAACAAUAGAAAAACGUUG